AGGGCUCGGCGAUCGCACCAGCAGGAAAUUCCCGAUAGAUCCAACCUGAUGGAGGCGGGUGACCGACAUUCGUACGGGGAGAGCGACUGGGUGAACCUCGACGAGCUGGAAGAUGCUCUGCCAGUGGAGGAGAUGGACGUGGAGACGCUGAGACGAGAGCUAGAGAAGUCGAGGUCCAAGAUAGCAGAGCUGAAGAAAAGCCUUGUUGACAUCUGCUCGUCGAACAAGGCAGCUGUCUUCGUUUACUCCCCCUUCUCAUCUGAUCUUGUGCUGUGCCGCAGGCUCCCUCAGCUCUUGGGGGGCAUGGGAGGUUGAGCUCGGACGAUCUUGUGGAAGAGGUCAGGCAAUUGAGGGAAAGGGAGGAGUUGUGGAAGAUGUGUUCGAAGAGCAAGAUUUCCUUCACGUCCUUCGAGGCAGGGGACACGGCUUUGUUCCUGCCCACCAGCUCUGGAAACUUCAUUGCCUUCCAUCGCAGCUGCCCCUUCCGCUACCUCUCUCAAGAGUCUCUGGAGGCGGCGAAGACCAAGGCAGGAGGCCUGGUGGACUACGUGCUGGGCAGCAUUGUGGAGAUCUACCAGCACUUUGCGGGGGAAGGGGAGGAUGGAAACCCCUACUCCCUUCCAGCAGGGACGCCCUACUACAUCUGUACAGUGAUUGUUUUAUAAACCCCUUCAAAUGAAGC